AUGGCUAAUUGUAUGGCCUUGUUAACACAGCGUAAUUGUAUUCAAUUCGCUACCGCGCCGAUACCCACUUUCGAUGGCGAGAAUCCAGCUUUGUCGGUUUUCGCUCAGAGUGUAGAAAACGGGCUCGCGUUAAUACCAGAUACGUCGGAAACAGAGUAUCUGAGUAUCGUGUUGACUAAACUCACCGGUCCGGCGCGGAUUAGUAUCCAAGAUAAACAAUUCAACAAUGUAACUCAAUUGUUACAACAUUUGAAAAAACGAUACGCUCCUGGGAAGAACUUGGCGUAUUUCCAAGCUGAGGUUUCGCGCCUUAAAAUCCGUGAGGACGAAUCACUAAGGAAGUACAUCGACAGAGCCAGCAAACUUGCCCAUGGAUCUCGUAUCGCGAUCCGCGAGAGGUACACGACCAACGUGGAUCAGCUCAUCAAGGAGAUGGAAAUGGACAUCUUGGAGAAUUUCCUUGAGGGUUUACCGGAGCGUGUGGCCUGGAGAAUCGCCGCUCUGGACAAAAAGAUUAAAACUUUAGAAGAGGCGUACGAAGCUGUGUUACAAAUUGAACGUCGCCUCAAGAACCGACGACAGAUUCAGGAGAAGGCAUCACCUAGUCGUCGUAGAGAAGAGGAUUUUCUCAGCUGGAGACGUCCUCGAGAGAAGGAACACAGGCGUGUGUACCCUCAGUCACCGUCACCCUAUCGGCAAAGACCAAGGGAUCGCAGCACAUCUGGUUCCGAACCGGAGUUCGAAGAACGAGCUUCACGUGCAACGGCGUUGACUUUACGUAAGCAUGAUUAUUCACGCUCUCCAAACCACUCACCGGAGGCGCCAAAAUAUGACGAGCCGUUCAACACCAAACACGAUGUUUACGACUUUUAUUGCGCAAACUGCAGUACGGAAGGGGCUGAAAUUUCCUAUUACCAUAAAACCUUGGUAACUCGUAACCAACCUAUUAAACCUAUAUUCUUCAGUAACGCUGAGGAGAUGGAACUGCAUCCAGUAUUGCCAAUUAAACAUAGAUUACCAGGACGCACAGCUCUCCAAAUUGCAGUUCCAGUCGCAAAUCCGGAGGUUAUGGAAGGGUACCUAGCACGAAUCAAGACUCCUGAACAGGUCUACAUUGGAGAAGCAGCAGUCUGCAAUCAUGAUGGAAUUUGCUAUGUCCUAGCCACAAACACCGGAGAAGACGAAAUCGAAAUCGACAUUGAACCACAACGCAUACAUCCGUAUGAGAUUUUUGACUCAUCAGAUGACGAUCCUAUUCCUUCGUAUCUAGCAAAGGAAACAAAGGAAGACAGAACUACACGUAUCCAAGAUCUUUUAAGGACCGAUCAUCUAAACUCUGAAGAACGACAACAUGUGUUCAAAAUUGUCAGGGAAUUUUCUGAUAGAUUUUUCCUACCUGGAGAUAACCUGGGCAAGGUUCCAAAUUUUCAUCACUCCAUUUACACAACAGACGACAUUCCGAUUAAUACUAGACAGUAUCGGUACCCACCAGUACAUCAGGAGGAGAUACAACGACAGGUUGGAGCUCUGCUAUCGCAGGGUAUUAUUAGACCAUCCACCUCACCAUACAAUUCUCCUUUAUGGAUUGUACCGAAGAAACCGGACGCCGAUGGUAACAAACGUUGGCGAAUGAUUGAAAUGAACCCAAAGGACAGACAGAAGACCGCGUUUACAACCCCACAUGGACAUUUCGAGUUUGUGCGUAUGCCUUUUGGUUUGAAGAACGCACCACCGACAUUCCAACGCGUCAUGAACCGGACUAAUAAAUGCGAAUUCCUACGCAAAGAGGUUGCCUAUCUGGGACACAUUUUGUCUGCUGACGGGGUUAAACCAGAUCCUAGGAAACUUCACGCCGUAAAAAACUUUCCGAUUCCAAAAACACAGAAGAAUGUGCAACAGUUUCUGGGACUGACGGGAUACUAUCGCCGAUUCAUCAAGGAUUACUCUCUAAAGGCAAAACCACUAGUUCAGCUGUUGGGAAAAGGAACCCCUUUCCAAUGGACUGAAGAACAACAAGGGAGUUUUGAACUAUUGUGUAAAGAACUCUUAAAAUGGAAAUUAAGACUCUUAGAGUACGAGUACGAUGUUAUUCACAAGCCUGGGAAAAUAAACAAAAACGCAGACGCUUUAUCCCGGAACCCUCCUACAGUCUGUCUCCCUUUGAUUCCACGAGAAGACAAGGAGUUCAAAGUGCCAAUACCAAACCCGGACCCUCAGCCGGAUACCAUUGGUCGACGCAUCCAUGAAUUGCGACGAGAUCGGGAGAAAAGACCAACAUACACGGAAGAUACCAGCAGUUCUGAUGAAGCGACAAUCACGCCUCAACCCCGAUCAAUUAGAAGAAGGAAAAUACAUCAAGAUCCAACCGACAGGAUCACACCAAUCAUACAAUCACCAUUACCUACCCCUUCACAAAAUCUGUUGGAACUACGGGAUGAUAUCAACCUAACCUCUCCAUUUAUGCCAAUAGCGCAUUCCACUCAAACCGCUGGUCAUUUCAUACCAAGUCCAACCACUUCCGAGACUCCACAAAAUACUGAAGAUUUAAUAUCUUUCGACGAAGAGGAAAACAGUCAGACUACCAUAAGGCCUGCGUCUACUGUCGUGGAACUACCUGACCCUCCUACACCACCAACAGACGGACCAGAUGUCCAAGGUUUACAACCACCCCUACAACCUGCCAGACCGCAGACUCCACCGGGAAUGAGAAAUGAUAUUCAAGAGUUCAUCAGGAAAUGCAAAAGCUGUCAGGAACAGAAGUUAACACUGUUGGACCACUCCCUGAGACUUCUGGGGGAAACCGCCACAUCUUAA